AUUCAUUAAACUUGAAAAUAGUAUUUACAUCAUUACUUUGACGCAGUUUUACUAAAUGCACUCAUGGUCCUGAAUUUGCACAGAAAUUUUCACAAUUUUUUUUUAGAAUUUCACAUAAGUCCAGCCCAGAGCAAGGGAAUUGGAAUGAUCAAGCGAAACACUCAUUUCAAGCGGCAACAACCACUGUUCGAACGUGAUUGCCAUGAUUGAUUUUGUGCACCACGCUUCCCCGUUGUUUCGUAUUCAGUCCAUGUUUCUCCUGUUUGGCCUGUUUUUCUCUUUAUUUGUCCCAGUUUUCAUAUCAUUUAAAUAUAUAUAUAUGUUAAAUUCAAUUUUGCACAAGUUGCUCAAUAAAAUCUUAAAAUUCAUGCAGAUGUGUAGUUCUGUACUGUGUAAGCAUUAACCUCUGCAUUUGUAAGAACUGCAUGGUUGAAUUUCUUUUUUGAAGACUCGGUUACCAAUGAUACAGGGGUUGAGCAAUUACGAUUCUUAUCUGCAUAGUUUAAUAAGUCAGAAGUUGGUGAAUUAGCUAGAAUGGUCAGGUUGAUUAUGAACAGAUUGACUACUGGAUCAAGCAUUCCUCAGGACUAAUAAUUCUACCAUGUAAAUAAAUGGAAAUGUCCAAUCUAGACGAAAAUUUGUCAGGCGUAUAGAAUUAUUUUGAGUGCUGAACCCUAUGCAACUUAAAAAUUUACAAAAAAUCUACAAUAAACCUAUAGUGCAAUGAAAGUUCCUUGUGACGAAGGUUCUUAGCUCUAGUUUUGUGUGUACAUAUGCAUAAACAAAUAUUAUUAGCAGCUUAUGUAUAUAUAAAUAGAUUUCAACUAUGUAUAUAUAUACAUAACAUUUACAAGAAAGCAUACAACUCUACCAGCUUUAAAUUCUGUAUAAUUACUUGUCUUGAAAUAAACAUAUUUGUCUUUUAGAUGCAAAAGUAAAUAAAAACAUGUCAAUGUCUUUAACUCCACGAAUACUACCUGGUAAUCUCCAUCCUGCAAAUAAAACAGCAUGUGACUGGGGUUGGCAAGGCUUUCUGGCAUACGGUUGUCAAAACUAUGUUGUUAUUUUAGAUCCAAAGACUGUUCAGGUUAUACAAACGGUGCACUACCAUUCUGCACCAAUAUGCCAGAUCAAGUGGAAACAAGAAAAUUACUAUCAUGAUAUACACUCAUCAUACACCCUUCAACUGGCGGCAGGAAACACAAGUGGCCAUGUUAUGAUUUUGGAUUUAAGACAAGGCAUAAUCUUAAAUGACUUUGUUGAAACGAAUCGUGUGCCGCUAUGUAUGGAAUGGUUAAAGGGUCAUGAUGUAUCACAUGACUUGCUGCUUGUAUUGUACCAGCCAAACACAUUGAUUUUAUGGAAUGCAAAUACCAGCAUUAAACUAUGGAAGAAGAACUUUCAGGAUACAAUUGUUUCUGUAGCUAUUGAUCCAUUCAACAAUUCUAACAUGACAGUGAUGAGCACCGAUUGGAUAAUGUUGAUUACAGACCUAACAGUCACUCAACCACCCUCUGAAAAAGGGCGAAAGUUUUACAUGUCAACGUCUACUUUGCCACCAUCUUCUUCAUCAUCUAAUCUUGCCAGUAAUGGUGCUUCAGCAAAAAGUGCAUCAUCAAAAUCUACUUUUCAGAAAGUGAAAUCUUGGGCUGAUGACUUACGUGGAAGACAAGAAGAAGAGGUUGACAGUGUUUGUGAUUGCAUACAAAUUGUUUAUCUACCUUCUAAUCGAAAUCAUGUUCUGUUAUUGUUUCCAAGAGAAAUCUUAAUUCUUGAUGUUGAAAUUGGCCAAGCACUUGGAAGUUUUUCUAUCGAAUCAACUAGUCCGUCGUUUUAUUCAGUCAUUCCUUGCAGACAGCGAGAUAUUUUAUUUCUUCUUCAUGACAAUGGCAGCAUAUCCAUGAGAGCUGUGCGUUCGCCAGAUCGUGUGCCUUACAAAUCAAAUGAUGAUCCUGACCAUAUGUUGGCAAGUCGUAUAUCACUUGACAUUAUAUAUGACAUGAAGUGUCAUUCUGAUGUAUUUCGACUGAGCCGUGCAUCUCGUGUAAUGAAUUUUGGUUUAAAUCCAGUUUCAGAAUGUGAAACUGCAAUUCUGCUAGCUGAUGGAAGAGUUUUGCUCUGGGUUCUGGCUCCACCGUCUGGAAUUAAAUCUUUCUGCAAGGAACCCUCAGUCAGAACACCUCUUGCAGGGUUGCAAGACACUGUGAAAUCGUUGGUGGAUGUUAACCAUUACACGUUGAGCAAUAUAGUACCAUCCUUGUUAACGUUUGGCAACAACGAAGAGAAGCAGAACUAUUACAAGCCAAAGUUCAUGUUAGAUGGAGUUUUUGAAGGUGUAGCUCUUAAUCCUAUUUGUCUCAAAAUGUGUCCACCAAUGACAACAAAGAAUUUUACGACCUACAAACCCCUUUUAGCUGUUGGUUGUGGAAAUGGUGUUUUACAGAUCUUCAAUGCAUCACAAGGCUACUUGGUGAAAUACUUUUCGAUGAGUUGUCACAAUAUCAAAGGUUUGGAAUGGGUGAAUUUAACCUCACUUCUAGUGUAUUUUAACGGUAGUUCUUCAUCAAAUAAAAGUGAAAUGGUGCAUGUUGAUAUAACGUCAGGGUUAGUAACAACUUUACCAAGCAGUCGUGGUUUAAAAGAAUCCACUGUGGCUUCAUUAAAAGUAUCUCAUCUCAAGCAAUAUUUUUUAGUACUGUUUAAAAAUCAUUCAGCAGAAUUAUGGGAUGCUAUUAAUUUAUGCCAACUGAGAGAGUUUCCAACCAACUUUCCACGAAUAACAGCAUUUGAAUGGUCGCCUACAAGUUAUGGUUCGAAACUUGGUAAAAAAAAAGCAAAAGCCAUGAUACCAGAAGAUCCCACUUCUACAUCCACUACAUCAGUUGCUUCAAAUUCACUGUUAGACGAGUCUACGUCAAAUGUGUUGGAAAGCACAACUGCAGAUGACACGAAGAAACCACCUAGUAAAAGUAAAGAACAUCUUGUGUUUACUGACAAUGAUGGAACUGUUUACCAUUAUGUUGUUGAAGGAACAUCGCUUAAAGAUGGCUCUAAAGUUCCACCAGAGACUGGUAUGGGGGUUGUUUCUUGCAUCACAUGGAAAACUGAUAUGUUAGUGUUAGGAGAUGUCGAUGGCAAUCUCAAUUUAUGGGAUCUAAAAGCAAAAGUUUCAAGGGUGUUUCCAACACACCGUGGACCAGUAAAACGGAUGAAAUUUGCACCAGGCAAAGGUAAUAUGCGUAUGCUGGUGUUAUACAAUGAUGGUGUGGAAGUAUGGGACACUGCAGAGGCUAAGGUGCUUGGCAGUGUCAAAACAUCACGAGAUCAACUAUCAGUAAUGGAUUCUGAUUGGUUGUCGUCGUCGUUACCUAUGUUACUUCCGUCAGAUGGUUCCGUCCGAAUCUUAGAUGCUUCUAUGAAAUCCGCUAAUUCACCCAUCUUGGAAAAAGAUUUAAGCGAAAAUAUUUUCAAUCCAAGGUUAUGUGACGAACAGUCAUCUUUGAAACUCAAACACGUUCUUCAGCAUCAACCGUGGAGGAAGAAGUACAAUUGUGAACACUUUUCUGACGAGAGAACAGAACGACCUGUGCAAGAUAUGUUGCAGAUCAUACCAAGUGAUGUUGCGGAGAGGUUGUAUAACUGUCCACUUGGUACGGCUGAACGCUGUCUUUACACCUCCCAGAUUUACGGCGAUGAAUCUGAUUGGAUGUUUUGGAGUGUGGCAUUGCAUUAUUUAGAAUAUGAGAAGAGCAAACAGACAUGCGCACAACAUCAGCCUAAACCAAUCAGCCAAUCACAAUCGUCAAAUGGUUUGUCUCGCCUAUCUUCGUCAAAUAGCUUGGAUAAUUUCCUUAACGACAGUGAUAUUGACGAGGCUAGCACAGAAGACUCUGAAAUGAAAACGUGUACUUGUGUAAAAAGUUCACUGGAUGCAAAUUUCGAUAUUUUAUGUGAUAACCAGUUUUAUAAGAAGUUACAGUUGUAUCGUAUAGCUCUUCAUGAUAGCCAUCGGUCCACAUACGAACAUACAAGACUUUGCGCCGAGAAGUUGAUUCUUAUUGGGGAGACCGAUCGAGCUGUGCAAGUACUGUUGGAAGGCGAGCCGACUGAUUCUAGUUACUAUUCCGACGCUUUAAGAGCUUGCUUGAUUGCUACUGUACGCUCAUCCGGUGCAUCACAAAGUACUAUAAAACUCGUCGCUACCAAUCUAAUUGCUAGUGGUAAACUUGCAGAGGGCGUAGAACUGCUGUGUUUGGUGGAUAAAGGUACCGACGCUUGUCGAUAUCUUCAAACGUAUGGGAACUGGGAACUAGCAACUUGGUUAGCCAAGGUUCAAUUAAAUUAUCGAGACUGUUCUGAAGUGGUCACAAGAUGGUGCGACCAGCUAUCUAACCAUAACAAGAAGGUUCAUGCUAUUUUGGUGCUGUUAUCAUUUGGGAAAUUUUACAAAGUACUUGAGAUUAUGUUCAGUAUUGGGCAAAUUGACCGCGCCGCUCUCUUUCUUGAGGCUUGUAUUGAAUUUGGUGUGAUGUCACUGGAGGACGAAGAGCAUUGUAAUUUAUUCGAAAAUAUAUUUCUGGACUACGCCAGACUUCAAUAUAAACUGAAAAAUAAAGAAUCUGCUGAAUUUUAUUGCAAUAAAGCCGGUGGCCGAGGUAAAAAGCUUAUGACGGACUAUGAGAGUGGAGUGUUAGUGCUGUGACAUGGUUGAUCCAAUUAAAUGUCACACGUUUAAAUGUUGCUGGAAGGCUGUGUACAAGGUUGUAGCUUAGAAUAUAUUUUCUGUAUAUACAUUCGAUUUUUUUCAUGUAAGAAACCAGUAACUUUAAUGUUCAAACAAUAUUUUUUUUAAAAUUUUUCGGGCCUGAUUAUUAGUCUGUCCCAAACUAGCUUUCCUGGUAAAAUUUACUUUUUAAUAUUGUACGAUUUUGUAAUAGCACUUAAGGUCCAAAUUUUUUUGUUUUGUUUUUUGUAUUAAAAAACUUUUUAAGCAGUCCAGAUCGAUGCUGUGAGUGUGUGUGACAAGUGAUAAUCUAAGGACCGGAAUAUUCAGGAUGGACGAACCCGUGCAAUUUUUGCAGGCUAAUAACUAUAGUAAAGAGAAAUUGUGAUUCGACCAAACGAGAGAUUGACUUCGAUAUAACUCAGUGAAAUUUUUUAGAUUAUUAUUUUUUACAUUUCUUUGUAUUUUUUAAAUAAACUAGGUGUUGUAUAUAAUAUAUAUGUAUAAAUUCGAGAAAUUAGAAUUUCCAAAUAAUAAUCCGGUAUUUUCGAUAAACCUUAGCCAAAACCUGCAAGACAUUUAUCCCAGAUCUAAUCCCAUAUCUGAUCCUUUUGUAAAAAUAAGGAUUAAUUUGGCAAUCGUAAAACGACUAUAGUAAUUGUGAGGUAAAAGCAAUUUAAAAUCAGAGAGGAGGAGGGUGAUGUUCAGCAAAACAACAAGGCUGUUCCACCUUUUCAAUUGAAUACAUAUUAAGGAGAGGUGCUAGAAAAAACUGUGAGACAAACUUUUGAGCUGUGUUGGUAAAAACACAUGCAACACGCAUUCUAAAGGUUUCGUUAUAAAUGCUAUUUUCUUUAUCUAAAUAUUAUAUCCGCAUUAUUUAUUCAAAAAAUAAUUCAUUUGA